UGGCUACAAAUGAUGUGGUCCACUGCCGUUGGUCCGUAGUCCUGAGCAGACUCUGAGGUGACUCCACCUGUCGCAAGCAAUGCUCUUGACUGAGGUGCAGUUGUGGUGUAGUAGUCUCUGGCAUACACAGCAGGUGUAGAUUUCUGGCCCUGGGUUUGAUUCGAUACCAGCCCUGGGCAGAAGAAUUCCUAGCAAAUGGAGCCCUAUGGACGAACAACUUCUGAGAUACUUCGCCGACCUAAACAGGGUUAGAUCGCCGAAACAACAGCCCUUGGUCGGAUAAAACCCGAGUCAUUCCGGUACGUAGAACCGGCUGUCGUGUGAAAGUUUCCCUCAGCGUUGCUGCUUUGGUAAUUUUUAAGCAAAAUUGGUAAUUUUUUUCUUCAUUUAUUAAACUUGGUAAUUUAUUUUUCAAUUUGGUAACUUUUUCGAUUCGGUCCUACAUGUCAUGGAUGUGGCCCGUAAGCGAUUACGUUUGUAGAAAUACCAGUUGAAGUUCGAGUCGUUAUUUCGCCGCGUUGGCGUGUAGAUCAGAAGUUCUAACAUUCCACGAGAUUUCGCGACGUGUGCAUUUACACCAAGAUGCGUCGAAGAAAUAUGAAAUGGGUUUUGAAAGCAGCAAUUCUGUUGACCUUGUCGCUGAUUCUGUUUCUUUUGCUUACAAGCUGGAUAUCUUCCAGCCCUUAUCGCAAUAAGUUACCAAUUUUGACGCCAAUGCAUGCAGCGAAUUUACGAGCGCAUAAAAAAAUGUCGGAUAAUCAUGUGGACGGGGUUGUAGAGAGCAAUGCUGAAGCUCCAAUGCUGCCAAUAUUACAAAACGAGCGGAAAUCUGAGGAUAGACAGCUGCAGUUACCAGUUGAUCUGAAAAAAGACUGGCAUGAUUACUUGGCUAUGGAGUUUGAUCAGAAGCGAGUGGGACUGGGCGAACAAGGCAAGCGUGCUGAACUAAGUGAUGAAUCGCAGAAAGAAUUAGAACAGAAAAUGUCUCUGGAAAAUGGAUUUAAUGCUCUACUUUCCGAUUCGAUUUCGGUAAAUCGUUCCCUUCCCGAUAUUCGCUAUAAAGGAUGCAAAAAAAAGAAAUAUUUGCCGAAGUUGCCUUCAGUCAGCAUCAUAAUUCCAUUCUACAAUGAGCAUUUGGGCGUGCUUAUGCGUUCCGUUCACAGCCUGAUAAAUCGUUCGCCUCCGGAAUUGAUAAAGGAAAUAAUUUUGGUAGACGAUUUUAGUGAUCGCGAGUACUUAUUCCAACAACUUGAGCAAUAUGUAGCUGAAAACUUUCCUAAAGUACAAAUAGUGCGUUUGAAAGAACGUACUGGACUGAUUGGUGCAAGAAUGGCUGGUGCGCGCCGAGCCACAGCCGAAGUACUGAUAUUUUUGGAUUCACAUAUUGAAGCUAACUACAAUUGGCUGCCACCGCUAUUGGAGCCAAUAGCAAUAAAUAAACGAGUUUCGGUUUGCCCGUUUAUCGACGUUAUCGAUCACAGUAAUUUUGAGUAUAGAGCACAAGACGAAGGCGCUCGUGGCGCAUUUGAUUGGGAGUUUUAUUACAAACGCUUACCGUUAUUGCCGGAAGAUUUGGAAGACAGAACUAAACCAUUUAAGAGUCCAGUUAUGGCAGGUGGAUUAUUUGCUAUAUCAAGUGAUUUUUUCUGGGAGUUGGGUGGCUACGAUGAGGGUCUUGAUAUUUGGGGAGGCGAACAAUACGAACUGAGUUUCAAGAUUUGGAUGUGUGGUGGAGAGCUUGUGGAUGCGCCUUGCUCGAGAGUUGGACAUAUCUACAGAGGUCCACGAAAUUCAAAGCCCAGCCCCCGAAACGGGGAUUAUCUACAUAAAAACUACAAACGUGUGGCAGAGGUCUGGAUGGACGAGUACAAAGUAUACCUAUAUGAACACGGACAGGGAGUGUAUGAGGGCAUUGAUCCUGGUGAUUUAACCAAGCAGAAAGCUAUACGCGAAAAAUUAAACUGUAAAUCUUUUAAAUGGUUUAUGGAGAACGUAGCAUUUGACCUGACUAAGAAGUAUCCGCCAGUAGAGCCAUCUGACUACGCGUAUGGUGCCAUACAAAGCGAGGGAGAGCCGACACUCUGUAUUGACACGUUAGGCAAACCAAGACAUUCAAAAAUUGGACUUUAUCCCUGUGCACCUAAUCUUAAACAGCCACAAAGAAAUCAAAAUUGGGCUUUAAGCUGGCAUAAAGACUUGCGGUUGCGUCGCAAAAUGGAUUGCUUAGACGUACAACAACAGCCACCGAAUGCACCCGUAUGGCUGUGGGAUUGCCACGGUCAGGGUGGAAAUCAAUUUUGGUUUUAUGACCGCCAUAAGAAAUGGCUCGUGGCGGGGAAAGACAGUAGUCGUUGCUUGGAAGCUCAGCCAAGCAAGAGAACUAUUUACGUUAACCGAUGCGAUUCGGAAAACCCUUAUAUGAAAUGGAACUUUGGUAACGUCAAUAAUACUGCAUUGGACAUGUUUUCUCAACAGGAACCAAAAAACUUGUAGUCUGAAAAUAAGUCUUAUCUUGCCAUUUUGGAGCCUAAUAUGUAUAAGAAAUACCUUAAAGGUACUUUGAAAUAAAAUUUCCUGCUGUAAAUCAGUCAUAGUGUAAGUUAAAAAAGUUGAUAUGAAUAUUUUACAGUUGCAUAUCUACUCAUUUAUGUGUAAAUAUAAAAAUCUAAUCUAAUUAAUCUCUUACUUAGCCAAUAUUAUAAUACCAACUGUAUAAAAUAAGGGUUAGAACUUAAAAAUAAGUACUUAUGAACAUAUAUGAGGCGAUUCACGUCAAAUGUCCCAAGCGCGCUAAGCGGUGCAAAACCAGCUACAUUUCGACUGGCAGGGAAGCAGGCAAAAAAUGGGAAAAAUAAUUCAAAAACUAAGAUUUCUAUAGAUUUUUGUACGGGCUAUACGAUGGUUCCCAAUUUCAUGGUGAAAAUUUUGAACGAAAAUUUAUUUGUUAAUUUUUCUUUUUAAUAUUGUUUUAAGUUAUCGCAAUAAGGUAUUUUUUUCCUAGAAAUCAUUAAUAAAAAAGGGACUUUUUGCUAAACGUGCGGGUCAUAAUAAUGUUGUUAUAACUUUGCAACUACUUGAUUUUUAAUUCUGAAACUUUUGCAUAAACUUCCCUAGAUAGUAAUUUAUGAUACUGUUUUAAAACAAAAAAAUAAUUUCAAACUUAAAAAAAACCAUCUUCUCAAUUCUCAUAAAAAAGUAUAAAAACCCGUAGUCUUGUGUCUACUGAGUAUUUAGAAGUGAUGUUAAACUUAAAUUCUUUGGAAUAAUUUGUAGUUUAUUGUGUGAAAAUUUCUUAUCGAUCGAUACACAAAUGAGAUAUAGCGGGUUUAAAUGACAAUUUCGUUAAAAUUUGCUAUCACAGAUUGAUGUGUAAAUUCGCGCAAGCAAGCGGAGCCGAAAUGACGCGACGCAACGCCGCCAACUUGUAUAGUGCGCUGUAAAACGCUUUUCGAAUUAUUUUUCUCGGUUUUUGUCUGCUUUCCAGCUAUUCGAAAAGAAGCUUGUUUUGCACCGCUUAGCGCGCUUGGCACAUUUGACGUGAAUCGCCCCAUAUAUCUUUUUUCCAAGAUUCUUUGUGGACCUUUAGUAUUUAUGUAUGCCUGAGGUGUCAUAAGAACGCACAAUACUUUUUAAAUUUUGACAAUAUAAAAAUACAUUUAUGUAAAUACUUAAAUGCUCGAAUGAUGCUAUUAUUUGUUUUUCUUGACUAAAUUAAAAUAUUUUAAAUAAAUGCGAAAGUAUUUAAGUGUAACACCCCACAACAAACCUGUUUCCAAAGGACCAACAAUAGAUUCUCCGUUUAAAU